AUGGUGGCGAUAUCGAUGUACAGAGGCAACCUCCACAAAGUUCCCGACGUUCCUCGCCGGUGGAGGAUGCCGGAGCGUAAUCUCUCUUUCAAGGAUUUCAAAUCUCUCCUUCAUCGCCGUAAACGAGCUCUUUCUCGUAUCCCCCUUAAUUCCAACCCUAACUUGAGCCUUAACGUCAAGACUGAGCUGGUUACUAAUCAGGAGGAUGCGAUUUUAUCUGAACGGCUUCGUUCUUCUGGGAAGCAGAAGCUCGUUGAGGUGAAGAGCGAGGAGAUUGGUGUGGAUCGGGUUAGGGAGGAUGCGAAUGGCAGAUGUCAUGGUUUCGAAGGAGCUGUAGCACAAGGAUCGGACGGUGGAGAUCGUUCCGGGAGAGCUAUGGAAACUGAUAAUGCGCCACACGAGGGUUUGGCGAACGGGAAAGCCGAGGCGAAGGAAACAGUUGAAGAAAUACCAAGCGAAAUAGAGACAAAACAGAAAGAAGUGGAGGAGAGAUUGCAAGUGUUGAAUGCAAAGAAACACAAUCUAGUCCAAGUGCUUAAGCAGAUUUUGAAUGCCGAGGAAGAAUUAAAAAGGCGUAGUAUCAUGCAGCAACAAGGAACAACAGCGACUCGUCCUUCCCUUCCACUCCAUGUGGAUGUCUCUAAUGAUUCAGGAGGUAAUGCUGGCGCUCACAUGGAAGGUGGAGAAACCGAUGAUGCAGCGAAUCAAAAUAAUGCUCAAGCUCGUACUGUGCUUCGACUUUGUGGUGCUUCUUCGUCAUCUGAAUCUCCUCUCAGACGAGCAGCUGCCUUUUCGCAACACAGUAUGGUUCCGCAUCCUUCUCGAGGGAGCCCACGUGUUGGUCCCUCUCAACCUGUGAAUCCGAGUUCUGCUGCAGUUACUGUUUCUGCUUCAGGAACAAACUACAUUGCUUCAUCUCCUUCACCGGCUGGUUCUGGUGGCACUUCUGUGUUUAGGGAAUCACGGCUUCAGAGUCCAUGGAAUUAG